GCUCUGUAUAGGUCAAUCGAAUUUUUUUAUAGUCUUUUAUUUAGCGUCUAAUGAAAGCUGUGUUUAAGCGAUACUAAAAUAUGGGAGACAUGACGUGCUUAAGAAAAUUAUUUAUUAUGCGUCAUGCUGAAAGAGUAGAUUUCACUUUUGGAGCCUGGAUACCUUCUUGUUUUGAUAAAGAAGGUAAUUUUAUUAGAAAAAAUUUGAAUAUGCCAUUGUCUGUCCCAAAGCGCAAAGGCGGACCUUUAGAUUUUUUCAAAGAUUGUCCCCUGACUAGAGUUGGACUACUUCAAGCUACUCUUACAGGUGAAGCAAUGAAAUUAUCUGGAGUUAAGUUCUCUCAUGUUUUUUGUUCUCCUUCUUUGAGGUGUGUAGAAACCUGUACCAAUGCCUUAAAAGCUUCAGAACAAAUGCAUCUUCCAAUCAACAUUGAACCUGGACUUUUUGAAUGGUUGUCAUGGUAUAGAGAUGGCAUGCCUAAAUGGAUGAGCUUAGAAGAACUAAAGAGCUAUGGUUUUAAUGUUUCAAUGGAUUACCAACCAAUCCUUACACCAAUGGAUCUGAUGAAUACAAAGGAAAGUAGCGAAGAAUAUUACAAUCGAAAUUAUCUUGUAACUACAAAGUUGUUGGAGAAAUAUCCUGGUAACCUCUUCUUUGUUGCACAUGCUGCUUCAUUAGAUACAUGUAGUCGUCAAUUGACUGGAAAACCACCUAGGAAAGAACAAGAUUUAUUAACUAUAGUACCUAAAGCAACUUAUGCAAGUGUUGCACUUGUAGAACAACAAGCUGAUGGAAUGUGGCAUUUGGCAGAUCCACCCUUUCCUCCAUUAAUGCACACAAACAAUGCUAGCUUUGACUGGAGAACUCUGCUAGAUUGAUAUAAUUGUUUUAUUUAGUUUUAUUAUUCAUUGGUAUGUACCAGUGCUCCACUAAAUUAAGCUAGCGUUUGUUGAAAUUAUAUGUACUGAUAAGAAAAUGCAAUAUAUUGCAAAAGUUGUUCCAUAAUCAUAUAUAGUUUAUUUUGCAUAAUCGUAAAUAAAUUUUCAGUACAUAUAUAUUUAUAUAUUGUAUACUAAAAAAAAAAAGUUUAUCAAUUUAGUUUAUAGCAUAACAUUUGCUAUGAGAUACAGAAGUCUUUAAACAUAUAGGUACCCAAUUAUUUUAACUUUAAAAUCUGAAAAAUUUGCUUUUUAAAAUGAAUAAAUUUGCUUUAAAAUUAAUUUUUGUAUUUAUUCAAACUAAGAUUAUUUUAUCUGUGGAAAUUUAAAAAAAAAAUAUAUAUAAAGGAGAAUUUAAUGCUUUUAAAUUAAAUAUGAAAAUUGUAAAGCUUGCUUAGAAGUUGACAUCUUAAUGAAUAUUAUGAAGAUUCAAUAUCUAGUUUCAUUUUUGCAAUAACUUUAGCAAUAAGAUGUUUAAGUAGAAAUAUGUAAGUAUUUAAAAUAAUAAUAAUGAUGAGAUGUGCAUUCUAAUAAUCCAUUUAGAAAGUUUGAUGUUAUCUGAUAAAAUAGCUU